AUGGUCAGCAGCCCCAUAACGGGUUAUAUGAACCGCCGAUCCCAUGCUGAUUGCAACCUAAGAAUCAGGCCUUCUUUAGUAAGGGUCUACAACUUAUUGUUGCGCACGGCCUAUCGCCUCUUCCUUCAUCCACUGCGAAAAUUUCCCGGGCCAAAACUGGCGGCCAUCUCGCAUCUAUAUGAAUUUUAUUACGAUGUGAUCAAAGGUGGCACGUAUGUCGAAAAGAUUAAUCGAAUGCACUGUGCAUACGGCCCCAUCAUACGGAUCAAUCCACGCGAGCUUCAUAUCAAAGACCCCAGUUACUAUGACCACAUAUAUGCUGGAGCUCCGCAUAAGCGGGACAAGGAUCCCGCUCAUACGAUCAUAUUCACAACCUGCAAUCCAAUGGUUGCUACGAGUAAGCAUGAGCAUCAUCGUCUUCGACGCAGCUUCCUGACAACUUUCUUUUCUCGGCGUUGUGUUAUGAGAAUGGAACCAGCGAUUCAAACAGAGGUAAACAAUUUAGUCACUCGUCUUAGGUCGACUUGCAAUACUGGCACUGUUCUCGGGCUCCAUCGCAUGCUUUCGGCAUUUAGCGCUGAUGUAGUCACAUCUUGCUGCUUUGGAAGCAGCCACGGUUAUCUCAAGCAAGAGAUAUUUGAGAACCAGAUGAUUGAUGCGGUCAGCUGGGUCAUGUCUAUGUGUCAUAUAAAUAGGUUUAUGCCAUGGAUCAUCAAGAUUCUCAACUAUAUACCACAAGGAAUAUUGCAGUUUAUGCAUGUUUCCAUGGCCGAUGUGAUUGCGGUUCGAGACAUGCUCCGACAACAGGCCCUCCACUCUCUUGAAAAUCAACCGAUCGUUGAUAAUACUGAUGCUGAGGCCUCUUCUGUCAGAACAGUCUUUGAUGCCCUGGUUGCUGCAAAUGUACCAGAAAAUGAAAAGACUCUUCUUCGUCUAGAAGAGGAGGCAGCGGCAAUUUUCGGCGCUGGCACAGAGACCGUGUCCCGGGCACUAUCAGUCGCCUUGUUUCAUUUACUGAAGGACAGGAACAUGAUGUAUAAGCUUCAGCUAGAACUUAAGUCAGUUGCAUUUGGGAAAACCGCCCCGCCGACUUCUACACAACUUGCACAACUACCAUAUCUUACAGGCAUCGUGAAAGAAUCCCUUCGUCUCUCGAUGGGAAUAGCGAGUCGAACGCCCAGAAUAUCGCCAGUCGCCCCCUUGAUAUACCGCGACUACGUUAUACCUCCAGGUACCCCGGUCAGCCAACAUGCAUACUUCGUCCACAUGGAUCCGACUCUUUUUCCAGAUCCAGAAUGUUUUCGCCCUGAUCGAUGGAUUGAAGCCUCUAAUAAGGGUGAAUCGUUGAAUCGUUACCUUGUCAGCUUCAAUAAAGGAAGCCGACAAUGCAUAGGCAUGCACCUUGCGUACGCGGAACUCUACCUCGCCUUGGCAGCUAUUGUCCGGUCCGUCGAUAUGAAACUGGUAGAUACAACCUUGGAGGAUAUUAUUAUGGUUCGAGACCUAGGCCAACCUGCCCCGCGAGAUGGGAAUUUUGGUAUCCGAGUUAUGGUGACGGGCGUGAAAUGACAAAUGCUUUAUAUUGCUGCCAAGGAAGAGAAAACUGGGCGAACGUCAACGUGGAGUGUCGUAUAUGACCGUAUACGGUGUCAUAUUCAUUCAAGCCCGCUUAAGUCUGAUUGGUGCUGGGAAGGCCCGACGGACAAAAACAUUACAAACUGAGCGCCCUACAUCUAGAACGACUUAUUGAGCAUGUUGAUGGUGGUGGUAGCCUUGAUUAUCAUGG